GCAGUUGGGCGCCUGCGAGGUGCGCGGGCCCAGGCCUGGCGGCGCGGUGGGUCUUCCCACGCUUGCCGGCUCCCGCCGCUGGCCCCGCACGUGGGCGCAGCGCCCUUCCCAGGCUGCGCAGGUGGGCGCGGGUGGGGAGCCCGCCCCCCCUCCUCCCCGCCCCUGCCCGGGAUGUGCGCCCUCCGUUUGGUGCUGGGACUGUUGCUCCUGGGGGCGCUCGGAGCCUUCCCGCAGGGUCAAGCCCCCAGGGAUCCCUGUCCUGGGGACCCAGCCGCUACUAUGACAAGGCUGCCGGGGUGUGCUGCCGCCGCUGCGCCCUGGAGCCUUCCCUGUGCCCUCAAGGGCCCACUGACUGCAGGAAGCAGUGUGAUCGUGGCUACUACGUGGACACCAAUGGCCGCUGCACAGCCUGUGUGACCUGUUCUGAAGACUACCUCGUGGAGAAGAAGCCGUGCUCGUGGAACUCCUCCGGCGUGUGCGAAUGCCGGGCUGGCAUGUUUUGCGGGACGUCAGCCGUCAACUCCUGUGCCCGCUGCUUGCCCCACUCCGUCUGCCCCCCCGGGAAGGUUGUCAAGUUCCAGGGCACAGCACAGAGGGACACUGUCUGUGAGCUGCCUCCCCCAGGGGCCAGCCCCGACUGCAGCACCAACCCACAGGACUGCAAGGCCCCCGCCAGGAGAAUUGCCAGUCCCAUCCCUGGCUUCCUUCCCAGCGGCACCACCCCCCAGGCCAAGCCGGCCCUUGCAUCCCCAGCGAGCUCCGAGGCCAGGACCACGCUUCUCAGAGGCACCACCCCCUUCGCCAGGGAAGAUGCUCCUAAAUCACCUCCCAGCUCUUCCUCCUCCGUGGGGAAGCUCAAUCCAGAUCCACGGCUGACUCUACAGCAGCCCUGCCCUCAGGGGUCUGCUGACUGCCAGAAGCAGUGUGGCCGCAACUUCUACCUGGACAGGGACGGACGCUGCAAGGCCUGUGUGAGCUGUUUAAGAGGUGACCUCGUGGAGAAAACACCAUGCACGUGGAACUCCUCCAGCGUCUGCGAGUGUCGGCCUGGCCUGUUCUGUGCCACGUCAGCCAUCAACUCCUGUGCCCACUGCGUCCCCCGCCCCAUCUGCCCGCCAAGGAUGGCCACCAAACUCCAGGGUGCCGCCGAGAGGGACACCACCGACGAGCCACCUCCCCCGGGGACCCACCCCGACUGCAGCACCAACCCAGAGGACAUCAGGGCGCCUGCCAGCCCUACCCCCUCCCUGAUCUCCUUGGCCGGCGAGAAGAGUGGAGGGGGCAUCACUCACGCCUGGGGGGACGCCUCCAUCUCAACCAGUGCUCCCAUCUCUUUCUCCUCCACUGGGAAGCCCACUCUGGUUCCAGGACCUGUGCUCCUCUGGGUGGUCUUGAUGCUGGUGGUGGCCGUCAGCUCUGGCUCCUUCCUCCUGUGCCACCGGAGGGCCUGCGGGAAGUGGAUUCGGCAGAAGAUCCACCUGUGCUACCCAGCCCAGACCUUCCGGCCCAAGCUGGAGCCUGUGGAUUCCAGGCCUGGGAAGACUCUGACCCAGGUGACCAGGAGCAUAUCCGUGGCAGAGCCGGGCACAGAGGAGCUGGGCUUAAUGAGCCCCCCGGCUGUGAAGACCUGGCCCAGCAACGGGGGAGCCUGCCUGGAGAGCCUGCGGCUGCUGGAGGCCAGCCCGGCCAGCACCCCCCCGACCCCCACUGACCUUCCUGAGCUCCGAGGGACCACGGAGCACACCAACAACAGGAUUGAGCACAUUUACAUCAUGAAGGCCGACACCGUGAUUGUGGGGUCCGUGAAGGCCGAGGUGCCUGAGGGCCAGGGCCUGGCAGGGCCGGCGGGGCCCGAGUUCGAGGAGGCUCUGGAGGUGGACCAUGCCCCCCACUACCCGGAGCAGGAGACGGAGCCGCCUCUGGGCAGCUGCAGGGACAUCAUGUUCUCGGUGGAGGAAGAAGGCAAGGAGGAUUCCUUGCCCACGACCGACCCUGGGAAAUGAGGCCUGGCCCAGGCUGGGGCGCAGAGGGCCGCUGGGAGCCUUGGGGAGGCAAGGGUGGCGCUGGUGGCACCACGCUGGUGGCAGAGGUCUGUCUGGCCUGAACUGAGGUUCCUGCAUCUGGUGGAUCCAGCCUGUCAGUGCAGGAGGUUCUCGUGGUCCGUACUUGCCUCCUUGGGGAGCCUGGGCCUGUGCAGCAGAGACAGCUAAGGGGCAACAGAUGGCAGGCAGGGCCUGGGCACCCUGCCUCCUGCCACUGCCAAGAUGCCCCAGAGCCCCGGGUGUCAGACACACACAGUAGAGCAGAGGCAGUGGCCAUGAAGCUCCUACCCCCAUGCCCUCUCCUGUCACCCCGGCCUCGGGAGCGAUGCCCACCGGGACUCGCUGCCAUGCCAGCUGCCCCCAGUUCCUGUGACGUGGCCCCUGUGGGCACUGAGCCAGCCCCUGUGGUUGUUCUCCUGAGUCAAAAAGAAAGUCAAGAGAUGGUUGUCGUCCUUUCCCCCUUCUUGGCUGCAGCCACAACACAGUACUCUGGGCCCACGGGAGCCCCCCAGCCUGGCCAGCCCUGCCUGGGCUGCUGGGACCACCCCCACACACACACUCCACAGUGGGCCCAGGGCCUUGGAUCCCUGACGCUGCAACAGGAGGAGGUGUCUCAAGACCCAGGUACCAGCAGACUCUCAGCAUCAGAGCUCCUCCCGCCGGAGACCCCGCCCACCCAGUGAUACCCAGAAAGGCCUGCCUGGCUUCAACUGAGGCUUCCUCCCUGCAGGGACCAGGGGAACCGUGGGCCCUUCUUGGGUCCUUGACUGCUUCGUAGGCACCACGGGCUCCAUCCUGGGCAACGAAGAAGAUGCCUCUUCCCCAGAUCGGCCACGUGCACAGACCCCAGUGGCUCCAGCCGCUAAGCACCCCCAAUUGGGAUGUGGGUUUCAAAAAAAUGGUGCCAUGUCACCCAGACAUUCUGCUGGAAAAGAAAGAGCAUUUAGUAGUUCAAUCUGGACUUGAGGAUUUUUACAUUCCACACCAAGGAGUCACGCCCCCUGACGUGGAUCUGCUUCCUCAUCUCCCCAGGGCUUCCAGACUCAGGUCCGCUAACAAGUGGUCUUGGAAAGUCUGUGGCCCGGGGGCACUGAGUCGCUGCUGGAAUUACCCGCUGGAAGCCAAGCCCGAGAAAGCUGCUGUUUACCCACCAGCCUGCUCACUCGCUGGAGGAAGUUGAGGCCAGGUCAGGAAUCACAAGGGUAGUUUCUGAAACCACUCAGAUGUUUUGGGGAAAGUUGGAGAGAGGCUGGACGCCAAGAGAGACGGUUUACACAGAACCUGAAGUUUAUGUGCCACGGAUAAUAUUUGCCAAAAUGCCCUGGGCGAGGGCACUUCGGAGGCUCUGCUCCUUCCUGCCACCCCCGAGCCCCUGUGAAGGGCUCUGCAGCUGUGACUUGAGGAUGUUGGCACGUGGUUAAUGGAUUGAAGGGCUCCCUCACCCAAGGGCCCUUCACAAAACUUUGAUCCUUUAAAAAUUCAUAAAGUCCCUUAAAAACCAAUCAUAAGAGAGUUCCCACUGCAGCUCUGCAGGUUAAGGAUGCGAUGUUGUCUCCGUGAAGAUGUGAUUUUGAUUCCUGGCCUCCCUCAGUGGGUUCUGGAUCUGGCAUUGCUGUGGCUAUGGUGUAGGCCAGCAGCUGCAGCUCCAAUUGGACCCCUCGCCCCCAAAUAAUUUCCACAUGCCUCAGAUGCGGUUGUAAAAGAAAAAAAAAAAAGAAGAAGAAGAAAACAAAAAACCAAUUGUAAGGCUCCAGGAUAUUCUCCUGCCAGAGACUGGGAGUAUUUGGAGUGUCAGCAGGUAUCUGAAAAGUCGUUCUCCCUCCAGGACGGAGUCCCCCCUUUACCUCUCUGCACCAGACACCUGGGCCACCGGCCUCUGGGUCAGGGAGUCCCCCACAUGCUGGGACAGCCUUUCCUCCUAGAGGCCCCUCCCUGGGGAUGGAGGCAGAGCCUUCCUCUCUGUGACUCCCACUCCCUGUUGGGUCCUUGGCAGAGGUGUAGAGCAACAGGUUUUUGCCCUAAGGCUCCCUUUGCGGAUGGCCAGGCGGGAUCCCUGGUCCCCUCCAGGCCUUCUUCCCGCUGAGCUGGGCCCAGUAGUCCCACAGCUUGGGGAAAGGGAGUCCCAAAGUAGCGGUGUGAAUGCCCCAGCCUUGGGGGGGGAGGGCCCAGAGAGGACCAGAGAUAAAUGUGACCCUUGGGCUUUGAGCCAGAGCUGGCAGGGGCCCAGCUGCCUCCCUGGUCACAGCUCAGGGGCGGUGUGGGGCCUGUUCCCCUCCACAGGCAGCCCCCUCUGACCGUGGCUCCCCCUGGGGAAUGGAGGAAGUCGGCCUCCCUCCACCUCUCCCUCAGGACUCCGGCCCGGGCCUGGAUCUCACAGCUCAGCCCGGCUGGUCACGUGGUCCAUCCAAGCGCCAGGGUGAAGCUCCCUCCCCUGCCCAGUCAUGAGGGGCCCCUCCUUAGCCCCUGGCUGUUCUGAUGUCCAGAUGGGCAGACGGACAUGGCCCCUGCUGCCCCGGAGUAGCAGUUCCCAGGCUGCAAGGAACCCGCCCACACGUGCAGACACGUCUCCCUCAACAGCUGAGUGACAGUAAGUGAUUAGUGUCUUGCGGAAGCUGUUGCGCUCAAAGAGAGUCCACUGUUUCCCAAGGCAGCCUUGUAUGUCGUAAGCUAUGCUGGCUUCUUAGAAUCUCUCAGGCCAGGGCUGGUCCUUAGGACAAGAGCCUGACUGUGCAUAGCAUCCUUUGCUGUGUCCCGCUUACCCUGGCCAUGAGAACCUGCGACGGUGCCUCCAGCAUCUCUGUCCCACCAUCACCGGGACCUGCUUUGUGGGGCUGAACAGAAGAGAGAAUCUGUGCGGAGAGGAGAGGCAGCUCUCUGGCCGCCCUUUCUUGGGUGCCUUCUCUUCUCCAGCACCUCCUUGAUCCUCCUGCCCUCUCAUGUGGAACCGUGGAAUCGUGGGGCAAGUGCAGGGUGGGAGUUGCUGGGGCCAGGAUGGGUGGGAAGAGGGAUUCACAGGCGGGGCCCGAGAAGAAUGCUUUACUGUGUCAGUACUCCUGACUGGAAGCCAAGGGGAGAAUAUCAAAAGCUUCAAGGACUGCUCCUUGGGCCUGGGGAGAAGCCGGCCCAGCACCCCCUCAAGCUCCUGCACCCUCCCCAGGACCACAUAAUUGGGUCAGUGAACAAACUCAUUCCUGGGUCAGCUCGUGCCCUGUGCUACCAGAAGGCUCAAUCUGGGGUCUGGGAUAGAGUCCAGAGGGCAGGGCCACGUCUAGCCAGGUAGUCAGGGAGGGCUUCUCAGAGGAGGUGGCUUUUGAAAGCUCCACCUGAGCCACAUGACAAGUGGGUGAGGUGGGGGCCUGCAAGCCUCCUGAGAAGGCAGGGGGGUGGUAAUGCAAAGGCCCUAAGGUGGGGACCCUCCUGCCCGGAGGUUCGGGAAAUUCACCGCCAGGUGGGGGCACAGCGAUCAAUCGGGGUGGGGAGGAGGUGGAGGGCUCGGCGGGGCCAUUGUGUAGUGCUUCGAUCUUAUCGUCAAUAUCCUGAGACCAUGUCUACAUUUAUUUCUAUUUUCCUCCUCUCAGAACAAUAAACAUCCUGGUAUUAUCUCUGCA